CCAAAUUGUCCUCGAGAGCCUAAAAAUUCGCGAGAAAAAUCCCAGUUUCCCAGAAGAAUCCCAGAACUCCCAGAACGCCCAAUCACUCCAAUCUUCUACAACAAUUAGUCAUCCCCCCGUCACUCAGUGCCUCCUAUGACAUCAUUGGUGGAAAUAGGAGUCAAGGUUCCUCCCAUCCCCAUCGUCCCCGUGCGAUCCCUCCAGUGUCAAAAAAAAUGAAAAUAACCGACGAAAGAGCAAAAUAGUUGACCGAAAUCCACAAAAGAACAGAACGAACAGAACAGAAAGACGAGAAAUUUUUCAACAAACGUCCCCGACAAAUGCGACAUUGACGUCGACAUAAAGACAUCAGUCAUCACAACAGGUCAUCAGAGGUAGUCGAAAAGCAAAUAAUACCCGACACGUUGCAUCCGGGACAGUCCCUCCCUCCACGUUGAGUGUCAAAGUGCGAUUGAAAGUGCAGUGACGAUAUUGAGGUUACCAAUUGGAUUCGUUUCUUUUUAUAGGUUUUUAACAAUACGAUUUUGGUGGUGAGAUUUACGAGGAAGAGAGGACCGUUUUUUGGGAAGGUUUGGGGAGGUAUUUGAGGAUAAUGGCAAAGACCUAUGACUACUUGUUUAAGUUGUUGCUGAUUGGAGACUCUGGAGUCGGGAAAACUUGUGUUUUGUUCAGGUUCUCCGAGGAUGCUUUCAACACCACGUUUAUAUCGACUAUUGGUAUUGACUUUAAGAUACGCACAAUUGAGCUAGAUGGGAAGAAAAUAAAGCUACAGAUAUGGGACACUGCUGGUCAAGAGAGGUUUCGUACAAUCACAACAGCCUACUAUCGCGGCGCAAUGGGCAUAAUGCUCGUCUACGACGUAACAAACGACAAGAGUUUUGAGAAUAUAAAAAAUUGGAUUCGCAACAUCGAGGAGAAUGCAUCGGCGGACGUUGAGAAGAUGCUGCUAGGUAACAAAUGUGAACUGUCGGACAGGAGACAAGUGUCGAAGGAGAGGGGUGAGCAAUUAGCUGUUGAAUAUGGUAUUAAAUUCAUGGAGACAUCGGCCAAGUCCAGUAUCAACGUUGAGGAGGCCUUUUACACCCUGGCUAGAGACAUCAAGACCAAAAUGGAGAAGAAACUGAAGGAGGCAUCAAAUCCACCAAAAACAGGUGGAAAUCAACUUAAAGCAUCUGAACCAGCGAGAAAGCCACCAAAUUGGCUAGCAAGAUGUACUAUACUUUGACCCAUCACCAUAAAGUCUGCACUGUCUGCCCUUUACAAUCGUAAAAGAUUUUUUUACACGUCGCCAUCGACAAUCGAAGAUACAAAAAUUGCAUCACAACCGAAUGUUCAUCGAUGCAUACCUAGUAUUCAACGAUUCAAGUGAAAAACAAACAAAAACAUCUCGACGAGAUUUGAUUUUAUUUCAACAAAUUUAUUUUAAAAAUAACAAAAUGAGGAAAAAAAACAACAACUUCAAUUGGUUCAGUUAUUAUUCUCUAAGAAAUUAUGAUGAAGGUAAUUAAUAACGGGAACACAGGGGGAAGAUGGUUGCCGUUGACCAAAUCCACUCUUGCACAGUACUCUUUUUAUUAAUCUAGCUGUUAAUUAUGUAUUUGCAUUACGGUGAUAAGGAAAAUAAUUAAUGACGGUGGGAUGAACUUAUUCGCUCAUUCGAUAGUACAAUCAUGACUGCGGCAGUUUUAAUCGAUCGAUUGACUACAUUUUUUUGGGGGGAAUGAGGAGUGAAUGAGUUUUACGCAAUUAAUUCUUCCUUUGCGAUUCAAUCGACAUCACUCUGUUGUAGGAGAUUCGUUGAGGGAGGGAGUGGUGAAGUGUUCACACUAUGUCGUAGAUAUUAAGGGCGAGGGGAAAUGCUGGCUGACAUUUUUAGCCGGAGGUGAUGAUUAUUAAAAUAACAACGAAAUUAAAAUGAUUGAAAUGUCUGUAAAUGUCUCAGUGAUGAGUGGAUUUCAGAGAAAAUUUCGACCAAAAAAGGUUUUUUGACAUUUUUUGCUAAAUCUACUCAUUGUGGGGUAAUUACAACGUUAAUUGAAAAAUAAAAAAAACGAUGCCUCUGCUAUUUCGGUAAUUAUCUCGUCAAUGAAUCAUUUCAUGAGAAAAUGUCAUAAGAUAUUUUUUAUGGGGAAUAAAAUUUCCUACAAAAAAUUAUCAGCGACAUUUCUCUCUAAACCUAACGGCUUCCGAGAUGUUCGCAAAGUAAUGAAAUUAUUUUGCAUAUUUUUCCACUCCCUCACUCAGUUCUAAUAUUCCCUUCAUUUAAUAGCACGUGUAUCGAGAGUUAUAGGUGAAUAAUGAUACUUGGCAUGUAGAGAAUAAUUUAAGGCCGGGAUUUCUCUCCUUAUGUUCAUAAUAAAACCGAAACUAGCUUUUUCACUACGAAAACAAACUGAAAAUAAUGAUUGUGAUGCUCGCAAAAUCUCACGAGAGACAAGAAUAACAUUUUUUCAUGUUUAAUAAUGUUUGAUAAUGUUUAAUUUUGUAACCACGUUGCAUUUUGCAAACGAGUGAUUUGUUCACUUGAUUUUGCUCAUUGUUCACGGGUUCACUCGAUGAUUCUGGGGUUAUUUAAACCCGAAUAUUGGUAUUUGUUUCAUCAACUCAGAUAUGCGAAACGACGACUAUUAUAAUACAUUUUAUAUUAAUCCUAUUAA